CUUUAUUGGCCGGAAGAGGGAAGCGCCGCCAUUUCCUCCUCCUUCUCCUCGGAGCGGCGUCGUCUUGAGGCGAAGGAACCGGGCCGGGGACAGUUGCGGGAACCUAUCGCUUCAGGAGGGAUGACAUGUAACGGACCAGAAAACCUUGGGGCUGGUGCCACUCUGGAGGAGGAUCCGGAGCUGGCGGAUGAACUCUCCAGGCAGCAAACCUUUGCCAGUUUUCCAAGCGACUGUCCUGUUUCCUCUGCAGCUUUAGCGCAAGCUGGCUUCUUCUACACUGGAGAACGAGACCAAGUCAAGUGCUUUAGUUGCCACACAACGGUGGAAGGAUGGCAACCGGGGGACUCCGCAAUAGAAAGACACAGAACCGUCUCUCCAGAGUGCAGGUUUAUCAAUGAUAUUGACUCUGGGAGGAACGAUACAUAUAACCUUCUCAAUUGUCAUAACGGGCCAGAAAAUGGUUCAGCGAGUACUUCUCUACAGCAGCCAUCUCUUGAUGAGUCUUCGGAUCUUGAUGCGGAUUAUCUGCUGAGAACAGGGCAAGUGGUGGACCUCUCUGGUCCCCUGUUCCCUAGAAACCCUGCCAUGUGUAGUGAAGAAGCCAGGUUGAGGUCUUUCCACAACUGGCCUCCCUAUGCCCCUGUCAGUCCGCAGGACCUGGCCCACGCCGGACUCUAUUACACCGGCAUCGGUGACCAGGUCGAGUGCUUUUGUUGUGGGGGCAAACUGAAAAACUGGGAACCAAGCGAUCAGGCAUGGUCGGAGCACAGGCGCCAUUUCCCAAGGUGUUUCUUUGUCCUUGGACAUGAUGUUGGGAACCUUGAAGGCAUUUCAAAUCAGUCAGGCGAUGCCAAGCUGAAUAGAAGCAAUAAUGUCAGCCUCCCUCAAAAUCCAUGUAUGGCAGAUUAUGAAACGCGGCUCAAGACUUUUGUGGCAUGGAAUUACUUGGUCAGCAAGGAGCAGCUCGCUCGAGCAGGCUUUUAUAGCAUAGGGAACGGUGAUAGCGUGGCGUGCUUUCACUGUGGCGGUGCACUGCAAGAAUGGAAGGCGUAUGAAGAUCCUUGGGAGCAGCAUGCAAAGUGGUUUCCUGGGUGCAAAUACCUGCUAGAAGAAAAGGGGCAAGACUUUGUAAACAGAGUUCAUUUAACUCAUUCAUUGCAGGAUUCUACAAUAGAGGAGACUGAGAAGACAUCACUUACUAAAGAUGAGGAGCUAUUACAGAGCCAAAUGGUACAGGAUGCAAUGCAUAUGGGUUUCACCUUGGAAGAAAUUAGGAAAACAGUAGAGAGAAAGCGACACCUGUCCGCAGAGAGCUACAGAUCCAUGGAGGCUCUGGUGGCAGAUUUAAUAAAUGCCCAGAGAGAGAAAAUACUCAGUGAAUCCUGGGAAAAAGAACUCAGCACCGAAGAGAAGUUGAGACGUUUGCAGGAGGAAAAGCUCUGCAAAAUCUGUAUGGAUAAAUCCAUCUCGGUGGUCCUCCUUCCAUGCGGACACCUGGUUGCUUGCAAGGACUGUGCCGAAGCGGUGGAGAAGUGUCCUCUGUGUUGCGCAGCGAUUGUGAAAAGGCAGAAGAUAUAUAUGUCUUAGUCGGAAGCACUGCGCAAGUGGGGAAGCUUGCUUUCCUUUCCGGAGAUCGACCAUAUAUGCAAUGUUAGCACAGAAAUGGACUCAAGGGGAAGACACUGUGAUUGAAUGGAUGACAACACUGCAAAGUUCAAUAUAGCUUCAAUGCCCUGUUGUUGAUAAAUAACACGUAACCCUCCAGGUCCUGUGGGACUACAAAUCCCAUUAUUGCACAUUAUUCGGCUUUGUGACAAAAGCUGAUGGGAGUUGCAGCCAAUCCUUGCUCUAGUCUGCUAUGAACUGUGCUUAGUUACAUGUCAGAGUUUCUCAUAGAUGUAAUGCUCUUCCGUUCAAAGCAUUUGGCAUUUCCAAACUUUUUCUGAAGUUCUCAUAAAGCACAUAUAAUUAAGCUGCUAUUAUUGUGUCUCAUAAGCUACCAAAAUGAACGUUGCAACAGUUGGGCUGCUCGGUGUCAAUGCAGGUAGCGGUGAGGUCUCGUCACUAUUUAAAUGGACACCGACUAUGUAUAUGCAAUAACUAAUUAGUCCUAUUUCUUUAAUGUAAUAUGAAGGUGGGUUAGAAUCAGAAGGUUUAGUCACCUAUUUCACAUCACAAUCCGUGAGCAGAAAAAGGAAAUGGGCUAGAAAGAUAAGCAAAAUAUCACUUUGUGAGCUUUUUCGCACCAAAUAGCAAUAGUUUUGCAAUGACAAUGGUGUAUUUUGCUUUAAAUUCCAGUCUAGUUAAUUCUUAAGUCUACCAUUUGGUUCCCAAUAGUGACGUUUUCUCUUCAACUGACAUGUCAGUUAUGUGAGAAUGCAUUCCUGUUGGAGAUGCAAGCAUUGUCUGUCUCCCCAGACAUACGUCCAAAUGUUUUGGUAUACCGGGAUGCUCACUUGUUGUGUUUCAUUAAUUGUGUUUUGCUCCUUAAUGUCACGAAUAGGUCUUCCAAAAUCCCAUACGCUGUUUUCAUCCCUUUAAUUAUGUUUUUAUACACAGCUUUUGCACAGCUUCUAUGGCUCUUACAUAGCAGAAUACCCAUUACAUUAUAUGACAUCAUCAUUCCAGCUAAAUCUACACAUAUGCUACUACUUGUUGUUCACCCUUGUUGUUCACCCAACAUGAGCACUUAUGUCUAACACAGGUCUCUUAGCGUUAAACAGUAGAAAACCAACUGCUGUAAUGUUGCUCUAGAACAGUCCUGGGCAAACUUUGGCACUCCAGAUGUUUUGGACUCCAACUCCCACCAUUC